CGAUAGACGCCGCACACAAACCGAGUUGGGAUUUCGUUGUAAUUGCUGGUCAUUUUUCACGGCUGUGCGACUAAUUAAAUUUAACAAGAGAGCCUUAAUAAAUAAGUGCUAAAGACCAGACGCAGCGCGCAGUAAUUCAAAUCAUCUAGAAGAUCUCGUCAAACAAAAUGUAAAUUCCUGGCGUGGGGUUGAUCAUAGCGCAUACAUAUACCCAUGUGUACGUGUGUGUAUUUCCAUUGUAAUCUAAAGCACGAGUGAAUUUACGUGCGUUAAAUUUAAACGAAAAUUUAAAAAAAUAUUUCGAGAUAUUGCAACAAAGGCAGUAUUAAAUCGAUUUCGGGUGCAUGUGCUUGUGUGCAGAAUGUUUGCAUGUGUUUGUUGCAAAUGUAAGAAGAAGUAGCCACUCACGCGCUACUCUCUUCCUUUCUCUCUCUCUCUCCACCCCCUCCCCCAUUAUCUCCUCAAGGAGCUGAAAGUUGUAGCCGCACUACAUUCAAAAGUUUCCAAAAGUCUGCUUGCUGGCAGUAGUAAAAAGAAGACUUAAAAACAAAAACAUCACUUAUUAAAAUCAGUGAUAUUCAGAAAGAACUCCAAACGCUACGUGGCAGAGGCGAAUCACCGGCGCAGCAAUACCAGCAGCAGAUAACCAGCCGUCAGUCCAAUUUCUCUACCUUAGAACUCGAGCGCAUUUGCCGCUUGCGGGGCGACCAAAUGCAUAGACAACAUAUGUCGCAUCCACGAGCAGUCCAAGAUCAAGAGUUGCGACCCCGACCGUUCGUUGCAUAUUACAUACGCUCAUAGAGGGCGGUCACUCACAUAGAGCAGCCAGAGUCCUUGCACUUGGGCAAGGAUCCAGGGAGAAACAAAGUGCUCAGAAAGAAGAAGCAGCAGUACAGGAUUUUAAGCUCCGCCAAGAACAGAGCAACAAAAAAGAUGAUGAAACGCACCCGCGUAGACGAGGUGCAAUUUGGCACACGACCCGUUCCUCAGACCUCAGGAGGUGUGGGUGUUGGUGUCGUCGGCGUAGCUGGAGGUGGGCCAACAUCCGGCGGCGGUGGCACUGCUACUGUGGGCGUCAAUACGACGGGCGUUACCAUUGGUACCGUCGUGCCCAGUGCUCAUAACGCCACCAUCAGCGGGAUCGGUUCCAUUCACCAUCGCAUCCUUACUCCACAGCAUGGAGGAGCACAGACCAUUGCCUAUUUGCCGUCCACCACGCCGACGGCUACGAAUUUGAAGACCACAAGUUCGAUUGUGGAUAGCACUACCGCUGGAGGACCAGUAGGAGCAGGAUCCCAGGUGGCCGUAGGAGUUGGUUCUGCAGCCGGCGGAGGAGGCGUGGUGGUCUCCACAGGGAGCACGGGAACGCAAACAUUACAGUAUACAACAUCUUAUAGUGUGGCUUCGAUACAGGCUGGUGGAACUCUGAAAGCCAACACAGCGGAUGGCGCGAACACGGUACAGAUUCAUGUCACAGGAGGAGGAGCUGCGAACAAUCCUGCCAGUGCACAGACUGUAUCCAGCAGCUCACAAACGGGCACAAUCCGUCAGCGUACAAUCAGCGGCACCCAGACAGUGGCGACUGCGGUGGGCAAUCUAGCCACGAUUUCCCAGCAACAACCAGUUCAACAGUCACCUUUGGGCAAGGCCCAAACUCCUCCAUCGUCCGUGGUUGCCAACAGUAUCCCAGUGGGUGGAACCACCCCACCACAAGGACAGUCGGGAAAUGCCACGCCACGCUUAAAAGUGGAGGAUGCAUUGAGCUACCUGGACCAAGUAAAGUACCAGUAUGCAGACCAGCCGCAAAUCUACAACAACUUCCUCGACAUCAUGAAGGAAUUCAAGUCGCACUGCAUCGACACACCCGGAGUGAUUGAGCGAGUCUCCACACUCUUCAAGGGGCACACAGAGCUGAUAUACGGCUUCAACAUGUUCUUGCCUCCGGGUUACAAGAUCGAAAUUCAUUCGGAUGCUCUUGGCUGUUCGGUGCCGGUGGUUUCGAUGCCCUCACCACCGGGAGCGCCAACGAGCACAGGAACGGUGCACAUGCUUACCGGAAAUAGCUCGAUGUCCGGUGCCGGACAUAUCGCCAUAAAGACGAACAAUGCUGCAACUUUAACACCGGCAACAGGGGCUGGAGCAGCGGCCGCAGCAGCAGCUGUGGCUCAGAUUCAAUCCGCUGGAGCUGUAAAUCUUAUGACCCACGGCGGAGCCUCGCUUACCCAGACCACUAUUCAUGCCUUGCAACAGGCGACGCCUCCUCAAUCACAAUCUCCAGGCGGUGGUCAUGUACACGUGAGUGUAACAAACUCUACGGCGACAAACGCCGUAGUGCCCGGACAGCCAGGCAUCUCCGUAUCGGCGCACAAUGUACCGCAGAACUACUCGAGAGAUCGAGAAAGGGCCACCAUAACACCUACUGGGCAAGUGGCUGGGGCUGCGGCAAACGUGAAUGCGUCUGCUAGUAUAGUUGUCGGUGGACCUCCAACGCCCAAUUCUCUAAGUGAGCUUAGCCCUCAUGGAGGAGCAGGAGGUGGGCCAGGUGCGGGAGCGGCGCAGCACAAUCUGCAUCACAUCCAGCAGGCGCAUCAAUCGAUUUUGCUUGGGGAGACGGGACAGCAGAAUCAGCCGGUGGAGUUCAAUCACGCCAUAACCUAUGUAAAUAAGAUCAAGAAUCGUUUCCAAAACCAGCCGGCCAAGUACAAGAAAUUCCUCGAAAUUCUGCACGCCUAUCAGAAGGAGCAAAAGGUGAUGAAGGAGGGCAGCCUGAACCAGGGUAAAAUGCUCACCGAACAGGAGGUGUACACGCAGGUGGCUAAGCUUUUUGGCCAGGAUGAGGAUUUGCUUAGAGAGUUUGGCCAGUUUCUUCCUGAUGCCACCAACCAGUCCGGACAGUACAUGUCCAAGUCAGCAUCUGUGCACAAUGAUCAUGGCAAGCGUCCCACGGCUACUUUGAGCGGUGGAGCUCACAUAACCAUGUCGUCUGCUUCGCCAGCGCCAAGUGGAUCCCCUCUGCAUUUGGGUGCAACGACUCUUCCUCAGAUCGACAAUAGCGCCCAUGCAGCGGCUAUAGGAAACCUUUCGGCGGUGAACACCAGUGUCAGCAUUAAGACGUACAAUAAUAAUCAGCAACAGCAGAAUCAUGUGAUCGGUUCAGGCCUGAGUGCGACGCGGAACGAUAUUCUCUUUGAGAAGGACUAUCACGCGGGUCUGCAGCAGCAAGCGCAUCAGCGAGGAGCUGGAGUUGGAGCCCAUCAUCAUUUGGCCGGAACUGGAGCGGGCGCCAAUAUCGGGCGGCCUGGAGUGGGAGCCAGCGUGAUGGUGUCGUACGAUAAGGAGCACCGAAAUAAUCAUCAUGUGCAAAAGUACGUUGGCCAUGUGCCAAACCAGAAUCUAACGCACGGUCAUAACGCAAAGAAAUCGCCAAGUUAUGGCAUCCCUUCGGUGAUUGGUUCCAUGCCGCACAUUUCGGACAAUUCCCUCGACCGCAGUUCGCCGGGAAUUAGUUACGCCACGUCACCAUUGUCCUCUGGUCCACAUGGACAGCAUAACUCUGGUUCAGCUACGAGGAGGCCGGGUGAUGACAGUUUAGUCGGACACUAUUCUAGUGGAGCGCCGCCUGCUAAGCGACCGAAGCCUUAUUGUCGCGAUGUCAGCUUUUCCGAAGCAUCGACCAAGUGCACCAUCUCCGACGCCGCGUUCUUUGACAAGGUGCGCAAGGCGUUAAGAAGUCCAGAGGUCUACGACAACUUCCUGCGAUGCCUGACCCUUUUUAACCAGGAAAUUGUCUCCAAAACGGAACUUCUUGGUCUGGUAUCACCGUUCUUGAUGAAGUUCCCCGACCUGCUGAGAUGGUUCACCGACUUUCUGGGACCGCCCUCUGGUCAACCUGCUGGAGGAUUGAUUGACGGCAUGCCCUUAGCCGCAACGCAACGUCAGGGAGGUGGAAGUAGUAAUAGUUCCCAUGAUCGAGGUAGCAGUCACCAGAGUGCCGCCGAGUACGUCCAGGAUGUGGAUCUGUCUUCGUGCAAGCGGCUGGGUGCAUCCUAUUGUGCUUUGCCGCAGACCACAGUACCUAAGAAGUGCAGCGGACGGACGGCUCUCUGCCGGGAAGUGCUCAACGACAAAUGGGUAUCGUUCCCGACGUGGGCCAGCGAGGAUUCCACUUUUGUUACAUCGCGAAAAACUCAGUUCGAGGAGACAAUUUACCGGAAUAUUCACAGAACGGAGGACGAGCGAUUCGAGCUGGACCUGGUCAUCGAGGUUAAUAGUGCUACGAUUCGAGUGCUGGAGAACUUACAAAAGAAAAUGUCACGAAUGUCCACCGAAGAAUUGAGCAAAUUCCAUCUGGACGAUCAUCUGGGCGGCACAUCCCAAACGAUACACCAGCGGGCCAUUCAUCGCAUCUACGGCGACAAGUCGGGAGAAAUAAUCACGGGAAUGAAGAAAAAUCCGUUUGUGGCGGUGCCUAUUGUACUGAAGCGACUGAAAGUCAAGGAGGAGGAGUGGCGAGAAGCGCAAAAGACCUUCAAUAAGCAAUGGCGGGAACAGAACGAGAAGUACUACCUCAAGUCUCUCGAUCACCAGGCCAUCAACUUCAAGCCCAACGACAUGAAAGCCCUGCGCUCAAAGAGUCUGUUUAACGAAAUCGAGACGCUGUACGAUGAGCGGCAUGACCAAGAGGACGACGCCAUGGAACCGUUUGGGCCGCAUCUGGUGCUGCCCUACAAGGACAAAACCAUUCUGGACGAUGCCGCCAACCUGCUGAUUCAUCAUGUGAAGCGCCAGACUGGCAUCCAGAAGCAGGAGAAGCAAAAGAUUAAGCAGAUCAUCCGACAAUUUGUGCCUGACCUUUUCUUCGCGCCACGACAGCCACUAAGCGACGACGAACGCGAUGACGCCUUUCCAUUUUUGGUAGAUGACAAUACGAAAAUGGACGUGGACUCGCCACUGGGUCGCACGGAGUCUUCGACUCGAAAUGCCAAGAGUACGCCCAGUGAAAGUGCCUCUCCAGCGCGUAGCAAUGCAAGCAGUAGCAGCGGAACACCAGCGGGCAUUAAGAAAGAGACUGAUGACUCCAAAGCGACGACUGGAUCUUCUGCAGCGUCCACGUUAACGGGAUCUUCAGCGACGCCUGUGGACGAUGCAACGCCAUCAACAUCCUCAGCAGCGGCGGCAGCAUCAGCGGCAUCGUCAACUGUUUCAGGAGCCGAAGGCAAGCCAAAGGAUGACCCCCUUUCGUCGCACAAAGAGGAAGGAGCCGGUAGCACCAGCUCUGGAGCUGCCACGAGUCCCAGGCAAGCCCAAGACACUGCAGGAGCAGGCGUCGAUGUGGAAAUCAAACUGGAACAUCCUGCGGACUUUUCCAAUCCAAAGCUUCUACCACCGCACGCGCACGGGCAACGUGAAGACGAAUCCUACACGCUGUUCUUCGCUAACAACAAUUGGUAUUUAUUCCUGCGGCUACAUGCGAUUCUCUGCGACCGUUUGCAUGUUAUGUAUGAACGAGCGCGUUUGCUGGCCAUCGAGGAGGAGCGCUGUAGGGUGAAUCGAAGGGAGAGCACAGCCACUGCGCUGCGGCUUAAGCCCAAGCCGGAGAUUCAAGUUGAAGACUACUAUCCCACCUUCCUUGAUAUGCUCAAGAACGUCCUAGACGGCAACAUGGACUCGAAUACGUUCGAGGACACGAUGCGAGAAAUGUUUGGCAUUUAUGCCUACAUCUCUUUCACGCUGGAUAAGGUUGUGUCCAAUGCUGUUCGCCAGCUGCAAUAUUGUGUCACGGAAAGAGCAGCACUGGAUUGUGUGGAGCUGUUUGCAACGGAGCAAAGGCGUGGCUGCACCGGCGGAUUCUGUCGAGAUGCGCACAAGACAUUUGACAGGGAGAUGUCGUAUCAGCGGAAAGCGGAGAGCAUUCUCAACGAUGAGAAUUGCUUCAAAGUGUACAUUUAUAAAAUCGAUUGCCGAGUAACCAUAGAGCUGCUUGAUUCGGAGCCCGAGGAAGUCGAUAAGCCGGCUGCGUUGAAGGCCCAGAAGUUCAGCAAGUAUGUGGAGCGGUUGGCGAAUCCUGCGCUCGGCGGUGGUGGCAAUACUGCCGGCUCCAAUUCGGCGCUCGGCAAUGACACCGUUGUAGAGGCGUCCGAUAUCAAGACGGAGGCGGACGAAGAUACUGCCGAGUUGCGCUACAGAGAAGGUGGAAUCGGAGGAGCACGCAAAGCGCGCUUUUUGCAGCGCAACAAGCGGAGAUCGAAGCUUCUUGAGGAGCAAGUGCGUCAGUUUUUUGAACAUAAGCGGAAUCGCAUUGAGCAGCAUGGUACUGCGGCGGCAGUUGAAUCCAUCGCCGUCGACAGUAUCAUUUCAAGCAGCAGCACCUCCGGCGGUGGCGGCAGUAAUAACAAUAAUAAUAAUAAUAACAAUAACAGCUGGGGCGGCAAACGUCUGGAGAGGCUGGGCGCCCCACAAGUGGGUCUGGCCGAGCAGUACGCCUUCAAUGAUCGCGACGAGAUCAGCACAAAUAUCAGCAACGGACGAUGUUUUGUGACCAGCAAGAAUCUCAAGCUACUUAAGUACGAUGCAGUGCGUCGUGCCAAGAAGAGUCAUUGCCGCGUAACUCAGGCGAAAUACGCUCACUUCCAAACGUACGUUAACAAGUGGCUUCAGCAACAUGUCAGCGAGCAACUGCAGCAGAACUGCGUCGACUGGCUGCUGGGCAAGACGGCAGACCAAAUCAAUGCCAGCGGCUGGGGAUCCGCCAGUAAAACCAAGACGGUACAGCAGAAGGAUACUUCGAAGACACCGUAUCGCAUCUACAACAGAUACAGAGUGGUGCAGAGUGUAGUGAGCGGUUUGAUGAGUGCCAAUGCUCCAACUCCAGAUGGGACAGUUCCGGCGGUCAACUCCGUGCCACCAGGCUCAGUUUCAACGGUGAACAAUGUGCAGGGAUCGGCGACAGUAUCCUCGACUUCCCACUCGAUGUGCAACAGUAGCAUUUUGUCCGCGGACUCCACCACCAAUACCAAUGCGUCACCACAGCAGCAGCAGCAUUGCAAUAGUGCAGCAGCUGCGACAACACCGAAUGCAGAGGCACUGCAACAGGUGCGACCCAUGGAGAGCUAACCGGCGUGAAUGGCAGCAACAACAGCAGUGGUCGCUGCAUGGCCAGAUUCUUCAUUCUCAUGACGACAAUGAGAAGAUGUGGGAUGAAUUGCCUGCAUUAAAAUAAAUAGUGUUUUAAAUGUGAUACCAGUUCCUCGACGCGGUCAUCGAGAUUGCAGCUAUACCAACCCGCGAUCGACUGUUUAAUGUCCGGCAUGGCAUUGGGCUCUGGAAAUUGAUUGAUGAACGAAGGAAAGCUCUUUUUCAUAUUGUACAAAAAGUCAUUUAAUCUUAGGCGAAAGUGCUCCUAAAUAAGAAUUUUAUAGUCUUACGUUGCAUAAAUUUUAGAAUUAAUUUUACGACGGCAGCGUCCUGUUUUAUUGAUGCGCUUUUAGAAUUAAGAUAUAAAGUUUAUAUGCCUAGAGCCACAUACACCUUAAACACAAUCGCAAGACCACAAUUUAAGUCACGGAUAAUUUUAACGAUUUUGCACUAGAAACCGAUCGAGACAGUUGUGCAGUAACUAGGAACCAGAACACGUCUGUUUAGUGUUUUAAGAUUUUAUAAAACCAAGCUCUUUUACUUUAUCAUAAGUGUAACGUAUUUUUAAUACAAAUCAAGCAAAACACCCACAUACAAACCUUGUACAAUUCCUUGUGAAUACUAUUGUUUAUAUUUUACGCGUUUAAGGUUAUUAAGUUAAAUUGUAAAAAUGUAUUGCGCAGAUAUUAAAACAAAAGUUUAUCAAAAGUGAA